AUGUCUCGGGGCUUUCUUGGCCAACUUGGGAGUAUGCACGAUCACAAAAGCAGAGAUAAAAGGAGCAAUACAUGGACUUCAAAUGGCUUGGGAGAAGGGAUACAGGAAAGUGCAGCUCCAUCUAGACUCUAUGACAGCUUUCCUAUUCCUCAGUUCGAAUGA